GAAAAACUCUGUAUUCACAACCAGGAAUUCAAAUUAAAAAAACAACUCAAAUAUUCCAAUGUCCCAAAACUGAAUGAAUUUGCAAACCUUCUGGAAUUUUCCAGAAAGAUGCACCUCAACACUCCAGCUGAUGAAAUCCCAAGUGGAGAAGCGUCGACGUGAGAGGAUGAAUCACAGUUUGGAUCGUUUAAGGGUCAUGUUGAUGCACGAACCCCAACAGCGGGGCGCGUGCGGGCGUCGCGUGGAGAAGACGGAGAUCCUGGAGACCACGGUGUUGUUCCUGCACAACACCAGCAAAGCAAAGGCGGCGAGCGGGCCUUCCUUCCAAGACGGCUUCUCCGCCUGCCUGCAGAGGGCCGCGCGCUUCCUGGGCCCAGAGGUCAAAGGUCUGUGGCUGGUGACCGCCGUGGACGCCGCCUUCGCCGCCCGCCCCCUGCAGGAGCCCCCCCUGUGCACCUCGUCCUCCAUCCUGCACCUGCUCCGGCAGAGGUCCAAGUCGGCGCCCAGGAGGCCUCUGAUGCCGCCGCCCGGGACCUCCUCGCCGAGCACCUGCACGGAGAGCCCGCCCGUUAGCCCCGCCCUCAGCCCCUCCCUGUGGAGGCCGUGGCCUUGACGCCCCCCCCCCCCCUCUUUUGUGAACUUUGACCUCCGCAUCAGCUGACAUUGCACAUGUAAAUAAUGUAAAGAUACUUGUACCUAGAUGAUGUCACAAGCUCCGCCCCCUGGCGCUGACGAGACGCGACCUCGGGGUCACGGGUGAGUUUUCUCUCGCACACGCUGGCGUCCAUCUUAGAUCCCUUUUCUAAUACCCGGGUGUUGUCUGUCACAUUUUUAGGUGCCGAGCUUCCAGACCAGAGUGCAUCUUCACGCAUAAACAAUCUCUGUGACCACUAGGCCCACACA